AUUUUUACCAUCUUUAAUAAUUCUAAUGAAUUCACAAAAAAGAAUAAUAACAAAUGCAACAAAUUCUCCCCAAAAACAACGAAUUAUUCGAUUCCGUCUUUCCAACGGUCGAAAUAUUGAAUCUUUUGCUGAAGUUCUCCUAAGAGAGGAGAAUUCACGUCUAGCGGAAUGGGCUACCAAACAAAAUUUUGUUGACUGUUCCCACCGCGAUCCAAAAAUCUUUCGUUUACUGAUUAAUUGUCUAAGACAAUGUGUUGCUCCAGGAGGAGUUUCAAACGGGAAAAAAUUCAUUCCACCUGAAGACUUUACAGAUUGGAGAUCUUUAUUAUCUGAAGCUCGUUAUUGGGGUUUAUCUGUAGUUGAACGAAUAAUUAGAGAUGCAAUGAAUGCUUCGUCUACAGCGGUUAGCACAAUAACUAUUGGAUAUCAUGGUACAUUGGCUGCUGGUAGAGGUGGAUUUGAAGUGAAUUUUCGAAGAGUUGAUCGAAUUAUGAGUAAUAUUUGUAUUUUUUAACUCGGAUAAUUUUCACGAUAUAUUUUAAUUUCCAUUUACUCUGACAGUUAGAAAUGGGAAUGGUAACUAAUUAUAUGGAUGGGAACUGUAUAUGGGAUGGAGAUGGGAACUAUAUAAAAAUUUUCAGAGAUUUUCGAGAUUCUCCUUUCAUGCUCAGUCUCUAACAGGAGUAUUCUUGACGAAAAAAGAAGCUCUUAAAUUUAACAAAUU